CGGCCCCCACAUGAAAUGCCGCCACCUGCUGCUUCUUACUGCGCAUGGUGAACAGGCUCUAGGCAUACAUGUACAGGUAAUGAUGCCUUCUGGGACGGAUAGACUAGCAGAAGAGAGCCCGACGGUCAGGUGACGCAGCUGGAUAAAUUUGCGGCGGUGCCCAUAUCCAGCAGACCCAAAACACCGGAGUCAGCUGACGGCCGCCAUGUGUGAGUAUCGCACCGCUACAACGCAGAGCGCAAAGCGCUGGGUUCUUGCUUCCGACGUCGCAGCGGCCAAGAUCUUUUUCAAAAGUUUUUUGCUCUUCGCAGAGAAGAAAAAAAGUUUUCCUGGCAAUUGUUCCUUCGUUGUUGGUGAUCCGGCUCAAUCUCGCUGGAAAAUCGGCGCACAAAAUGGUCGUCACCGAGCUUCUCUUGGCGCAUGCUUGAACCGCUGCUCACGACUUGCUGGCUCUUCUGGGGCGCUUGCUUGCUGGUGUUGCAGAGACCAAGACAAGCGCAGCAACACGAUGUCAAGCAAGAAAGAAACAGCAAAUUUGAGUUGAGGCACCGUCUUAUUUGAAAGUUCCAGAUAUAUGAACAGUGGUUCCAUUCAAAUUCAGAUCCGCCGAGAUGGACAGUGGUGCCAAGCGUUUCGAAUGAGCGUGACGACGAGGAAUCCCAAGAUCUCUCCGAGGCACUGGCGCCAGCCAACCAUCCAUUCCUGCCGAGCGCUUUACCCAACACCGGCGGCCCGGGAUAUCGACGCGGCACGGUGUAUCGGUGCCCUUGACAGUACUGCGCGGGGCGAUGGAAUGACGACGGCGCGGGCAGCUCGCCGAAAGUCAGUGCCACCUCCCGCGCCGAGGCCGCCAACACUGCGCAUCGCGCCAGAGCGGUCUAACAGGACGCAUACGUUGGUGACCAAGGUAUGAAAAAAAAAUCUUGAAAGGCUGUAGAGCGCGGUGCAGUGUUUGACAAGCCGAACGUUUCACGCGAGCGACCACGUAGCAUUUAUUGUCGGUGUGGCAAGAACGGUUUUGCCUAAAGCAGUCUGCUACAUGUACAGUGCACCGGUGCUCGUCAUUUACGUGGGGACGAGAUGACGAGUCACGUGCUCGCUAGUUGCUACGUCUACUGGUUCUUCUUGGCCUCAAGCUUCUUGAGCGCACGCUUGCGCAGCGACAGAUGGGUCAUCAUGGCGGCCUGGAGAAAAACGCAAUUGUAAAGUUCGUCAGUCAGAAGAGAGCUUCAUGCGAGUACGAUGGCGUAUUAACCUUCGCUGCUACUAACAUACCUUAGCCAGUAGCCACGUGGGUGCGCUCUCAUACAGCCAGAUCUGCAGCGCGUGCGGCCAGUAGGGCGAGAUGAGCGUGUCGUAGCCCAGUUGCGCCACCGACGCGCGUGCGUAUGUAGCGGGCGACGGCACCAUGAAGCUCGAGUGGCGGAUCUUGGCCAGCUUGGUAGACACGAACAUGGGCACGUGGCACUGAAUGUGAACGUUCUUGGCAGCAUAUUCGGCGGCGAGGCACAGCGUUAGCUGCUCCACGUACUUCUUGGUGGCCGAGUAUUCGCUGAGCAGCGGCACGACCAUGCGGCCCGAGCCGGAGCUCAGGUUGACGACCACGCCGCGCUUGCGCUGCGCCAUACCAGGCAGCACCAGCUUGGUCAUAAUGGUGGUGGCGGCCACAUUGAGCUUGAUGAGGCUGUCCACACGGUCCUCCGGGAGCUGAUCGAAGAACUCGGGGAAGUCGUACGACACGCCAACGUUGUUGAAGAGCACGCCGACGUCCUUGACCUGGUCCAUUUUCUUCUGCAGCGCCUCGCGUACGCUGGGCUCGUCCACGCGGUUAAAGUCCACGGCCAAGAUCUCCACCUCCACCUUGGGGUACUUGGCCAGGAUCUCGUCGCGCGCGGCCUCUAGGCGGCUCUGAGUGCGGCUCAGCAAAACGACAUUCAUUCCCUUGCGCGCCAGCUCCAUGGCCAGCGCCUUGCCGAUGCCAUCCGUGGCACCCGUGACCACGCCCCACUGGCCGAAGCCCUUGAGGCUCUUGGCCGGACGAAGGAAGAACGUGUACACCGAGCCGAGCACCUGCAACGCCAGGCGAGACAACACCAGGCAGCCAACAGCCGCCGUAAUCUUCACAGCCAAAGGAGACGCUUCCAGCGCCGCCUGCACAGGCGCUAGCAGCUCGAGCACGCGGUCAGCCAUCUUGGUGGAGAUCAGCGGAGAAAUAAAUGGCGGAGGGGGAGGGCGUGGGGCGAUUAUGGAGGCCUCAGAUGAUGCGCAUCAAGAACCGUUGUGUGACGUCACAUAUCCGCACUUAACGACCUCUAUGAAAUGAUUCAUGUACUUAGUAAAACCUGCUAAAAAAAAUAUACAUUCUGCUCAGAACACAAGGCGACAACAAACUGUUGGGCUAUUGCUAAAGCCACCGCUGAUCACCAGACACCAUGGGGAAGCGGCGCCGCAUCCGCAACAUGCUGACGGUGUCAGACGGCUACUGGGGGUUCGUGCACCAGAAGCGCUUCUACCGGUGGCUGUACGCGUCUCUGACGUUCUUCGCCAUCUUUGCCGUGGUCGUGGCUUUCUUCGACGUUGGCGCCGGUACGACACACGCCGCGAGUUUCGUCGCUAGCAAGUACACUCAAGGCGAGCUGGACGAGAACCAACGACUGCUACAGUGGAUCUACAUUUUCUACCCGACACCCUUUGCCUUCGCCUGGUUCCUCGUCUACUUCGCCAAGUUCCUCUUCUGCUGGAAGAUAAAGCGACUGCGCAAGGCACGAAACUACAAAUACAACCUCAUGCUGGCCUCAUUGGUCGUCGCUAUCUUCUACGCUGUCGUGCUGAAAUCCGUGCUUAAGAUGACGCUCUAUUCGGGCCCCAAGCUGCGUAGCGCCAUCGUGAUCGGACUUUGCGAGCUGGGACUCGUCGGGAUCGAGGUGUUCGACGAGCGUAAAGAGCGCAAGGAGCGGCACCGGAAGAAGAAGCUGCUACGGGAGCAACAAGCAGCAGAAGAGCAGAUGUACCGGCAACGUGAACACAAGUCUGACGCAGCGGCGCAGCAGCAACUGGCCCACCCUAGGGACCCCGCGAGUGUGCUGUAGGCGGAUUGAAUUUAUCGUCGUCGAGAUGGAUAGAAAACCUGCACACAAUAUAUUUAGGGAAUGUCGAUGAGCUACAAUGGAAUCCCGAUAAACUACGCCAGAGGACGAGUUAGACGCCCUUCUUAAUGAUCCGAAGAGAUGUCUUACAUAAUAACUAGCGGUGCGGAGUUGACAGCGUCAGCUUCUCCAACAAGUCAUGAUAUCCACCCACCCGCUUUGCGGUGUAAUAACUGUGCAUGGAUGUUCUCGAACAAUGGAAGAGAAGGGUGCAGUUUCUUAAACAAAGAGGCAGUGGUUGGUAACCACUAGUGGUUCUAGUUGUUGGUUACUUCUUUUGAAUUAAGAAUUAGGACAGAUUAUCUUGCAUCUUAUCCCCUCCGAAGUGGACAAGCGUAACCGACCCAACUGAAUGGAUAAUGCCGUGGCGCUGUCCAAGGGCACACUGAAAAUACUCCC